CCAGUUACUGAAACCAAUUAAGGCCUCCAUAAUCAGUUAGCUGGCAUGUCAUGAAUUUCGCUGCAUUUACCUCUGCUCAACUAACCACCUUUUCCUCAACUCUCUCCUUUUUCUCUUGACUUUUGUGGACUAAGUUUGAGCUAAAUUUGAUCUAUUCAUGUAUAAAUUCAUAGAAUAACAUCACUUGGAUUGAUAAGAAAGAUAAGUUGUGGAUUCUUUUAAUUUUAGGGAAGAAUGGAAAGUUAUACGGUGAAAGUUGAAGAAAGUCGACCGGCAGUUGAUGGAAAGCCAUCUGCAGGGCUAGUUUAUAGGUGCAUUUAUGCUAAAGAUGGUCUCAUGGAAAUGCCUUUUAGUUUUGAGUCACCUUGGGAUUUCUUCAGUGAAUCGGUGAAGAAGAAUCCCAAAAACCAAAUGCUGGGCCGCCGUAAGGUUGUUGACCACAAGGCAGGUGCCUACAAUUGGUUGACAUAUGAGGAGGUUUACGAAACCACAAUCAAGAUUGGUUCAGCCAUCCGAAGCCGUGGUGUCAAUCCGGGAGACAGAUGUGGCAUCUAUGGUGUGAACUCUCCUGAGUGGAUAAUGGCUAUGGAGGCUUGUAACAGCCAAGGAAUUUCAUAUGUACCACUCUAUGAUUCCCUUGGUGCAAAUGCAGUGGAAUUUAUCAUAAACCACGCUGAAGUUUCAAUAGCUUUUGCCCAAGAAAGCAAGAUACCGGCUAUCUUAUCAUGCUUGUCAAACUGCAAUUCUUACCUAAAAACUAUCGUCAGCUUUGGAAACAUUUCCAGCACGCAGAAAAGUGAAGCAGAGGAACAAGGAGUAGCUUGCUUCUCAUGGGAUGAGUUUGUUCAAAUGGGAAGUUUGGAUCAUGAACUUCCUCAGAAACGGAAGACUGAUAUAUGUACAAUUAUGUACACAAGCGGAACUACUGGAGAACCCAAAGGCGUCAUUUUGACUAAUGGGGCUUUCAUGGCAGAAGUUCUAUCGAUGGAUCAACUUCUCGCUGAAACAGACAAAGAGGGAACAGGAGAGGAUGUGUACUUUUCUUUCCUUCCACUGGCUCAUAUAUUUGAUCAGAUAGUUGAGACGUAUUGCAUAUACAGGGGUGCUUCAAUAGGAUUUUGGCAAGGCGACAUUAGAUACUUGAUUGAGGAUCUUCUGGUAUUGAAGCCCACUAUAUUUUGUGGAGUUCCAAGAGUUUUUGACAGGAUAUACACAGGUGUGAUGGAUAAAAUUGAAGCUGGAGGUUUGUUAAAGAAGCUGCUUUUCCAAUAUGCAUAUAACUACAAGUUAAGGAAUAUGGAGAAAGGACUAAGACAAGAUGAAGCAGCUCCUCGCUUUGACAGGCUGGUUUUUGACAAGAUCAAACUAGCAUUUGGUGGACGAGUUCGUCUCAUGCUUUCUGGAGCUGCUCCUUUGCCCAAGCAUGUCGAAGAAUUUCUAAGGGUGACAUGCUGCUGUUCUUUAGCACAAGGAUAUGGUCUUACUGAAAGUUGUGGAGGAUGUUUCACAUCCAUAGCCAAUGUACACCCCAUGAUAGGAACUGUUGGUGUUCCAAUGACUACAAUAGAGGCAAGACUUGAGUCCGUGCCUGAAAUGGGAUAUGAUGCGCUUGCAAGUGUACCACGCGGAGAAAUUUGUCUGAGGGGAAAAACCUUGUUUUCGGGGUACCAUAAACGAGAAGAUCUUACAAAAGCAGUACUUGUGGAUGGAUGGUUUCAUACAGGUGACAUUGGUGAGUUGCAGCCAGAUGGAGCAAUGAAAAUCAUUGACCGUAAAAAGAACAUAUUCAAGCUGUCUCAAGGGGAGUAUGUGGCUGUGGAAAGCAUUGAAGGGGUAUACUCCAGUUGCCCACUUAUAACAUCGAUCUGGAUAUAUGGAAAUAGUUUUGAAUCCUUUUUAGUAGCCGUGGUAGUUCCAGAAAGAAAGACACUUGAAGAUUGGGCAUCAAGUAAUCAAGAAACUGGAGAUUUUUCAGCUCUAUGCAAUAACUCAAAGGCGAGGAAGUACAUUUUGGAUGAACUCAACAGUACUGCCAAGAAACACCAGCUUCGGGGUUUUGAAAUGUUACGUGCAGUUCAUUUGGAGCCAAAUCCUUUUGACAUUGAGAGAGAUUUAGUUACUCCAACAUUCAAACUGAAAAGGCCACAGCUGCUCAACUAUUACAAGGACAUUAUCGAUCAACUGUGCAAAGAAGGUAAUGCAAAAACUGCAUAGAUUGAAGCCAUAGAACUUGGACUUGCUGAUGAAUUGGCAAGCUUCAGCUGAUUCUUUCGGAAGUUCAACAUUAUUAUCAAGUGCACAUUACUGAUAAAUUAGAAAGAGCAUACACAUGUACUUUCCGCGAUCAUUGCCCUUAUUUUAUGUAUAGAUACUCCUAUGAAAUCACAAACAUAUAAAAUUUGGAAUCUUGAGGUUCAGAGUAUGCAAAUUUGAGGCACUAAAUUUGCUAUAUCAUUUGCCAAUGAAAUAAAAAGAAGAGUAUUUCAUA